AUGUCUACCUCAACUUCUGUUCAAUUUACGGUCGGGAAACUCGAUGCCGGAAUGGCCAUCUUGUUAACAGAAGAUCACCAUUUGAUAGAAUUUCCAUCAUUAUUGCUUCCUCCAGGAGUAACCUCUGGUAGCAUAGUAAAUAUAGGAGUAAAUCGUAAUAAUGAACAAGAGGAAGCAAAAAAAAAAGAAUUCUGGGAGUUGCAAGAAGCGAUCCUUGAGGAAUUUGGACGAAAUGAACCAGAACCACCAGUUCUUCAUAUCAAGCAUGUCACUCAAACAUCAGUUUUACUUGAAUGGGAACCAUUAGUUUUACAUCAAGCAAAAUUAAAAGGUUUAGAUAUUUAUCGUAAUCACAAUGAUAAUGGUCAACAUGUUCAACACGCUCCAUUAGGUAGUAAUUAUAUUAAAUUAAGUGGGUUAGAAUUAGAUCAUGAUUACGAAUUUUAUAUCACUAUUAAAACUACGGCUGGAACUUUAACUUCUAAUAAGAUUCAAAUUAAAACUCAUACUCUUGAAAAUUUAACCGGUAUUAACGUCUGCUUUGGUAUCUUAAGUAAUGAUGAUGAAGAACAAGAUGGUGAAAAUCCUUCAUAUACCAAACAAGAGUUAAUUGAAAUUUUGGAAAGGAUCGGAGCUAGUUAUAGUGAACAAAUUGGUCCUAAUACUACUCACUUAUUAUGUAAUAUUCAAGGUGGUUCUGAAUAUCAAAAGGCUUUAGAUGGUUCAAUCCCUAUCGUUAAACCUGAUUGGUUGGUCGCUUGUGAAAAGGCUGGUAAAUUGCAACCUGCUUUACCCUUUUACCUUGUUCCUCAGACUCCUGUUUCUGAAGAAAGUAAUAAAUAA